AGUGAAAUCCCAGUCGAAGACGCGUAGUUAAUCGCAAUGAAGGAACAAACCCCAACGGGAGGAUGGUCCAAAAAAUGGAUCAAAAUUUUCUUCUGCAUGAUCAGCACGAUGCUUUGCUAUUUGGGCGUACUGGUGCUAACCAUCGGCACGGUCGCCCGAAUGCAGUAUGAACUGCUGGAUGUUCUGAUGGACAUUCGGAUGUAUCGUUUGAUCCUGUUCCUGCUGCUGGUCGGAGCGUUGUGUCUGGUGUUAGCAUUUAUAGGAUUCCUCGGGACCUGGAGAGAAAAUCGGCCACUCUUGUAUACGUUCUGCUCGCUUUUGGUCGUGUUUUCAUUGAUGGAGUGCACGGUUGCAUUCAUCGGGUACACUCAGCGCGAUCGCAUGGAAACGGAAAUGGAAUCGAAUCUGUGGCUUUCGGUUAAUCAGUAUCCCGUUGAUGUUACUUGGCAACCGUACGUCGAUUCGUAUCAAAUGCAGUUAAAAUGUUGUGGCGUCCAUAACUAUACCGAUUGGCUGAUGGCGAUGCCACCGGACGAUAUCACCGAGGAUGAUAAAGAUCUGGUAGCGCAGCUUGUCCCACUUUCCUGCUGCGAUCUUGCAGAUACUGCGCAAUGCACAAUCUACGACGCCGGCUGCCACAGCAAGGUGUACGAAAUAUUCUACGAAACGGGUAAUACGGUGAUAACAAACACGCUUGGAGCGGUAAUACUGCAGCUAUUGGGAGCAGCGUUUGCCUUUUUCUUGGUACGCAAGCUGCGACUAUUUACGCAACCUGACGAGGGUUUUUUCCACGCUGAAAAGCCGAACCCAUUCGCAUACUCCAAAUUGGUCAACAUUGCGAUAUCGACGGAAAAGAUGUAACCCAUCCAGUGGUUCCGUAUCCAUCCCGUUGUCUUACAUUUUUAGUCAGCUUUAGCGGGCUUUGGAUUCUCCCCUCCAUCAAGCAAAUCGGCCAAGCGGGAAAAAGUACUGCAGCGUGUUUAUCAGUUUGUGCAGAUAGAUAAGACUGAUAUGAUAACACAAUUUAGUCAUUUACCAAUACAUAUGUACCGGCGCUAGGCGUGGCAAGCUGAGGAAUGUCGUUCGGGCAGCGGUUUAAAGCAGCUUUUAGUGGAAUAAUAAAAUAGAAAUUAAACAGUUACCUAAAAUUGAAAA